AAAAGACUGGGUGCCACGUGGAUUUAUCUAAAUUGCUCCAGGUGGGAAUUUGCCAGGACAUCGUGCAGCAUCUGUCAGCUGCAAGGACCCUGGGCUACGUACCAAGGAAACUCCCCUCGCUUAGUUGCUGCUAGGCUGGAGAGUCACGGCCUGCUCAAUCCUGCUGGUGGGGAAAGGGGGCACGUAGCUUUGCUGUCUCAGCUCUGCUCUGAAAAGCUUCACGUAGGCGGCUGCGUGGAAUGAAGGACGAGCAGCAGAGUCAACUCAGCCUGGCCUGAAUCUGAUAGUUCAAGGGGGCUGCGUGUUUUAUUUCCAACACGCACGCGCAAGUGCGUAAAUGAACUUUAAAAAAACAAGCGCUCGGGUACCAGCCAGCCAGCAUCAGGGCUGCCCCCUUAGCUUGUCCCCUUUCAUAGAGAAGCAGGUCUGGAAGGGACCCCCCCAGAGGUCAUCUAGUCACCCCUAUUCAAGCCAUCCCAUACAAAUCCAAUGUUAGCAAAAUGACACCGUCAAACCUGACACAACACAAGGCAAAACACCCUAAUCUGCCACAGGUAAAGCAGGGGGACUACAGCAGCCAACAUCCUGCUUUCGUCUCCCCUCCCCAGGCCUUUCACCUGCCCUGGCAUCGCCACGUGGCCUCUCCUCUAUUUCUUGCUGUUCCGAGGUGCAUUUCUCCCCGCCCUGGUGAGAUCGAGCCGGGCUGGGCACUGUACCAACCUCCUCCGGUCCUGGGCCAGGUGCACACCCUCAUCUGGUAUCACGAGCCCCGCUGGGACCCCAAGACCAAGGGCUACAGUGGCACAGAGCUGGCUUGGAUUAGGGCCAGGGCCACAGCAGUACCCGAAGUGGUCUUCCUGGGCAACCUCUGGGGCAGCUGCAGUCUACUUCUUCAGAAUGUAAGGCUGGGCAACAACAGCACCUAUGGGGUGUGGAUCCAUGCUGUCCAGCCCCAGGGGUCGACGUUGAAGGCCACGGACAAGCAGCAGCAUGAGCAGUGGAUGGAGACGAUCCAGGUGCAGGUGGCAGAUCCACCAGAGGAGGUGCAGCUGGUGCUGGAGCCCAAGGGGUCGGUGCUGGCGGGGGCAGCACGUGGCUGAACUGCACCAGGGGCCGACUUGCCCCAUGCCCACCUGGACCUGGUACUAGGACUGGCGGUCCCUGGUAGCCCCCAACCAGGGCCCAUGCUGGAGCUGUACAUGGCCCCCCAGAACCACAGCCCCUCAGCUGCAUCUCAUCUACCAGCCCACGAGGCCCAGGGCUCCCCCACCCCCCAACCCCACCGGUUGCAGGGCUGCCGGGGUCCUAUUGGUGUGUGGCCAUGAAUGGGGGGCUGGGAGCUGCCCCAGAUGUGGGGGUUGCAGGGGGAGUUGCUCCACCCCCAUACAUAGGGCAGUAGUAGGGGUAGUUUUUGUGGAGAGUGGGAGAGUUACUUGGUGCGAAGAUGCAACAAGCUGUGGGGUGGGGAGCAGCUUAGAAAGGGCUGAGUAUAACACUACAUAGGGGAUAGCAGGGGGCUUACCUGGAAUGGAGAUGCAGCCAGCUCUGGGGUGGAGCUCCUGGAGACCGAGCAAGUGUAAUGAAGCUCAGGGAGGGUUUAAGCCAGCCAAGGGAUGCAGCCAGCUCUGAUAGAGACCAGCUAAG